CUUUUUGUUUUGUAGAUGAAGAUCAUUGUACUGUUCGCGGCGUUCGCCGCAGUGGCCACGGCUGCUCCCGCUUUACCCGAAACGGACAGCAGUCUCCUCGACCUGAUUGGAGCUAUAGUCAAUCAUUUGAGACCUCCCAUUAAUGCUGGUCCUGCUAUCAUUGGCGAAGAGAGCCCUAUCUCUGUUGGACCCGCUCUUGUUGAAGAAGAGAGUCCCAUCUCUGUUGGACCCGCUAUCGUCGAAGAAGAGAGCCCCAUCUCUGUUGGACCCGCUAUUGUCGAAGAAGAGAGCCCCAUCUCUGUUGGACCCGCUAUCGUUGAAGAAGAGAGUCCAAUCUCUGUCGGACCCGCUAUCGUCGAAGAAGAGAGUCCAAUCUCCGUCGGACCCGCUAUUGUCGAAGAAGAGAGUCCCAUCUCUGUUGGACCCGCUAUCGUCGAAGAAGAGAGCCCCAUCUCUAUUGGACCUGCUAUUGUCGAAGAAGAGAGCCCCAUCUCUGUUGGACCCGCUAUCGUCGAAGAAGAGAGUCCAAUCUCUGUCGGACCCGCUAUCGUCGAAGAAGAGAGUCCAAUCUCUGUCGGACCCGCUAUUGUUGAAGAAGAGAGCCCCAUCUCUGUUGGACCCGCUAUCGUCGAAGAAGAGAGCCCCAUCUCUGUUGGACCUGCUAUUGUCGAAGAAGAGAGCCCCAUCUCUGUUGGACCCGCUAUCGUCGAAGAAGAGAGUCCAAUCUCUGUCGGACCCGCUAUUGUUGAAGAAGAGAGCCCCAUCUCUGUUGGACCCGCUAUUGUUGAAGAAGAGAGCCCUAUCUCUGUUGGACCCGCUAUCGUCGACGAGAGCCCCAUCUCCGUUGGACCUAUCGUCGUUGAUGAGAACCUCGCUAUUGACGAAGUACCCGAACUUAUUACUUUACCAGCCUUCCCUGAUGUAGAAGACACUCCAAUUACCAUUAACAUUCCCGGCCUUCCUACUAUUAACAUCGUUUUCAACGUUAACCCAGCUCCACAACAGUUUGAAGAAAUUGAGCCUACUCCGAUCAUCGUCGUAGAUGACUUGGACGCAAUUCCUUCCGCUGACGAUCACUUAGGGCCGGACCCAGAUGUAUAUUACUAAAUACCAACACCAAACAUUGGUGCCUG